CUCAGAUCUGGCCUUACUCUAAGCAUCGCUCAGCUCAACCGCCAGCGCACUCACGAUGUCAAUUACAGCUAGCUUCAGAGGUGUUCUGCGGCGGUGAGGUUUUCUAGUGGCAGACUCCUGAGCUAUUCGAAGGAUGACAUGGCUCAAAUGAGCGCAAUGGACAGGCCCACCAUAGACUCAAUGCAGAUUGGCGGUGACGAUCCGUGCAAUGUAACCCACAACGAGGAUGAGAACGCCCCACGCGUUAUCUCGGCUGUCAAAUUUCGUGGCCCUCAUGCCACCAGUCGCACAAAGGCCAGCACAAUUUCCCGUUGCAUUCGAGCGAUUUGCUCUCUUCGCGAGUAUUGGUUCUUCAAACUAUCUAUUGAUUGAUACUAUUGGUACGAUAUACACACCAAAAGGUUAUGUCGGGUUUGUUGCAAAGUCUAUUGUCGUCGGCUUUUCCCAAUGUUAAGCCCCCGGAGCCGAAAGGGCGGUCGGUGACGACGGCGUCCGACGCGCCAGCCUCCGCCAUUGCUGAUCUGCCGCCUGAUGUGGCUCCAGACGCGGUAGUAUCAGACGCGCUCGACACCCGCGCAGGUCUGUUGGAUGCGCUGGUAUCAGAACAAGUCGUAGCCCAGGCAACGCUUGCUGUCAUCAUCUUGGCCACUGUCUGGCUUCUGGUUACCUGGUAUCUGGUGCGCAGGCGCCGCCGCGCGAGAGCCUCGUCGACGGCGCAACUCGUCGCCACCGCAAAGCGCAACGAUGACGAGGUCAUCCGUGAGAACGUGCUUGCCGUGGUGGAUGAGCGCAGCAUCGCUUUCGAAGAACGAAUCCAAAGAACGCUGGCUGAGCGCAUUAUAAAUCUGGAAGUUCGACUUCACAAGGACCAGGAUGCGCGCGUUGAAGCUGAGCAGAAGGAGGAAGCUUCUAUUGAGGCAGUACGAAACUCAUUCGACGAGCAUAUAGGACGCCUUCAGAAACAGCUGGACGAGGCUCACGCUGAGCACAAGGAAACCCAGCAGCACAACGACACAGUCCUCAACAACCUGCGAGACAGCCUGAGCGCACAGCUCAGGACCCUGGAGGAGAGCCUGGAGAAGACAGUACAAGGUCGUAUUGAAGCCACCCACGGCAGUUUGGAGCAGAUACUCAACGACCACACUGCGUCCAUCCAGAAUGGGUUUGAGAAGGCGCUGCAAGACCACACCGAGCUCACCCAGGACAAAUUUGGGAAGUCGCUCAUCGACAGUACUGAGGCCACCCAGGAAACCUUUGAGAAGGUUUUGAGUGAACGCACCGAGGCCAUGGAAGAGAGCUUUGAGAAGACUUUCAGCGAACGCAUCGAAACCAUCCAGCAAGAUUUCGAAAAGAUUCUGAGCAAUCGCAUUGAGGCUAUUGAAGAGACCAUAAGGCGACGCGUCAAUCAAAGGCUGGAGGCUCUUGAGUCCAGGAUCAAGUUGGACCAGGAGGCCAUCGACGACUUGCACACGGCGAUCAGUCAGCGGAUGGAGAUAUUGGAGGAAGGAGUACGGAUUAUUGAUGGGAAGCAGUUGGACCAAGAAGCUGCCCAUGUUACGCACAGGACUCUUAAUUCCCGCCUUGAGGCCGUCGAAAACAGUGUUCAGGCGCUAGAAAAGAAGACGCGUGCUACUGGCCAAAGGAUAGAGGCGAUCGAUGACAGCUCCAGAGUAAUUGAUAGCAGGACCAAAGCUCUCAGCCAACGCAUGGAAGCUGUUGAGGAUAACCUUAAUGUGGCUGAAGGUCAGGUCACGCUGCUCUCACACGACGCCGGUCGCGGAGUCGACGCGAUCGAGAAGCUGCAGAAACAUGUCAAAACAUUACCUAAUAAUGAGAGAAUACGAGAACUGACCGUCGCUUGGGAAGAGCGCUUCAACGAAUUGGAAAGCCGCACAGAACAGGCACAGCUGGCAUUGGAAGAUGCACACCCAGAACCGACACUCAGUUGGUCACAUAUCGAGUCCGUGGAGAUAGAGCCUGUCGGGCCCCUGUACACCAGGCCUUCCUAUAGCCAUUCUCAGAGCUGGGGCCACUCACCCACACUUUCCUUCGACGGCUCUCUGCCGCCAACUCCAUCGUCCAGCGGCCGCUCAUAUUCAUUUUCCAGCUCAAAUACACAACUUACGACACCUACCCACCAAAAAAGAAGGCGCAUAGACACGGCUGGGUUUACAGACACGACAUUUUCAUCACGACAAAAGCUGUUUGCAGCGCGGCAGCAACAUUCCAGGAAAAGUUCUUACAUAUAGUCAACUAAGGUGCACGACGUGAUUGAGGUAUAACGAAUGGAUUUUUGGCGGUCGAUGAAAACUCUGCUGCGACGAGCAGUGAUAUUUCCUUACAACAGCAUUGUAUGGCGUAUGAGCCCUUACUGCCAAUCAGGCAGUUAUUUCCUUUUAAUCAGCAUUAUUCUAUGGCGGAUCGACACUACCGCAUACUAGCAUUGGGCUUUUCUAUGUCAAGCAUCAUGAUAUCCUGGAGGUUUGAUCAUGUACCGGUGGCGCAAAGAGCACUUGCUUGGGAGUUUACAGUCGUUUCAAAGUGUUAUUAUAGAUACAUCAUUGUCACAUAAGCCACUCAAUUAAUUCAUGCAAAAAA